CCCUGUCCGGAUUCUGUAAGUCUUUAGAUUGAGUCAGUCAGGUUCUCAGUCGAGGGUUAGAGUAAGUGGUGAGGUCUGGAACCGCUAGUCCGGUUGUGCACUAAUCACCAUGGUUGACACCCGUAGUGGGAAGAGCACUAGCCGAUGUACCCAAGCUCAACAGGAGCAAAUGACCGCCCCAGUGAAAGAGAAAAAAGAGAGGAAAGAGCUCCUGAAGCAAGCGAAAGUAAAAGCAAUCGCAGAGGAGCAGGCGACGAAGAUGAAGAAAUUGGAGGAGGAGAUGGAGGAGAAGAAAAAGGUUGCCGAGGAAGAAGCGGCAGCAGCAGCAGAAGAGGAGAGAAAACUCAGGGAAGCAAAAGGGGAGAGUAGUGGCACGAAGAAUGAGGAUGCACAGAUGGAGAAGAAAAUCGGAAAGGCGAAUUUCAGAAAGCAAGCUGAUUUAUUUUUCCCACCGGAUUUUGCGGAUGACUUCCCUGUCGCCAUGCAGGUUUCCCAGAAGUAUGCGCUGGUGUAUGUGAUCACGAAGCUGGGACUUCUGUUUGUUUAUGAUCUUGAGACCGCGACAGCAGUCUAUAGGAACAGAAUCAGCCCUGAGCAAAUUUUCCUUACGACGGAUUCUCCAACGACAGGUGGAUUUUAUGCUGUCAACAGGCGAGGGCAAGUCUUGAUUGCCAAUGUUAAUGAAAACACGAUCGUACCAUUUGUGAGCAACCAGCUUGGUAAUCUUGAGCUGGCCGUCAAUCUCGCGAAGAGAGGAAAUCUUCCAGGAGCCGAGAAUUUGGUGGUCCAAAGGUUUCAAGAGCUCUUUGCACAAAUGAAGUACAAGGAGGCUGCUGAGCUAGCUGCAGAAUCGCCGCAGGGAAUCCUUAGGAAACCAGAAACAAUUCUCCGAUUUCAGAGCGUACCGGCUAUUCCAGGGCAGACAUCGCCACUCCUGCAGUACUUCGGUGCGUUGCUGUCCAAGGGUUCGCUAAAUGCUGUAGAAGCGAUUGAAUUAUCGAAGCUGGUCCUUGCUCAAAACAAAAGAAACCUGCUUGAAAAUUGGCUCAACGAAGAUAAGCUGGAGUGCAGUGAAGAGCUUGGAGACCUCGUCAAGCCUGUGGAUGCAGAGAUGGCACUGAAGGUCUUCAUUAAAGCACGGGCAGCAGCGAAGGUGGUCGCAACGUUGGCUGAAAGAAGAGAAUUUGAUCGAAUUCUGAAGUUUAGGAUGUCUUCCCCUGCCAGGUGGCAUGGGAACAGGCGUGUCUCUGUGAUCCAGGAUGUCGUCGGCGUCCACGUGGCCAUCCAUGGUUGGGGGCAGCAUAGAUCUCCGUUCCCAUGCUGUCUCAGCGAAAGGUGCAAGUUUGGAGGCGUGAAAACAGGCGAGCAGGGAAGGCCAGUAGAAGUAGCAGGAGAUGGUAUCGAAGGUUUUUUAGAAACCGAGGUGUCCUGCGGUCUUGGCAUCGUGGUGCUCGACCAAGGGUUGAGUACGGAGACCACGUGUGUCGGGGACGCAAAGUCGGCGAGUGCCUUUGGUAUCGAUGUAGAGAAGGUUGUCGUGAAGCGAGUAGUCGGGGAGUGGGUCAAGAUCGCGGAGCUUGUUGUAGAUGGUGGCGAAAUCUGGGCAAGAGAAGUAGCCUUGGCGGGCUUGGCGUGGAGUGAUAUCUUUCUUGGAGAGGAUGAAGGAGAUGAUGGUGUUGUCAGUGCGGAUGGUGAAGUAUUGCCCGUCGAGGUACGAGCGCCAGAUUGUGAGGGCGUGAAUCACGGCGAGGGGUUCCUUCUCGUUGGAGGGGUAAUUCAUCUCUGCGGGAAGGAGCCUCGGGGUGAGUGGUACGGCUCCAAUGGCGAAGUCAGAGACGUUAGUGGUGACAUAGAAAUGGCGAGUGGGGUCGGCGAUCUUGAGGAUAGGGGCGGUGGUGAUGGUUUGCUGGAGCAUUACGAGGAACUGAUAGUGCCCGAAUCGAGAGCGGAAUGCGGUUUUAUGGGUGUCCUCCUCGCGGAUUUGGAUCUGGUGGAAGCCAUUGCGAAGUUCAAUCUUAAUGAAAUAUCUGGCUCCACGAAGUCGAUCAAGGAGCUCGGAGAUCCGAGGUCGAGGGAGGUGAACUCGUUCGAGGAGGUGGAGGUGGUGUCCUUAGAGGCGAUGUUGUGGAAGAAGCGAGGGCGGGGAGGGGCCGAUGUGAACGGUGUUGGUGUGGAGGUUGAAGCGGAGGCUUGUUCGGAAGAGGGGGUGGGUUGGGGUGUGGAGGAGGGGGGUGUGGUCGUGGUGACGACCGUGAUGUCGGGGGAGUUUCCCUCGAGCGUGGUGACACGAUCGGAGAUGGCGGCCAUGGUGGUGUUGAUGGUGGCGAGGGAGGAUUUGAGGGCGGUCGACGUUUGGAGGAUAGUUGCGAGCUAUCUCCGCGUGGGCAAGAUGGAGAUCCCACUGCUGGUCGUCACGAACAAUCUUUCGGAGAAUAUCCUCGAGAGUCCCGUUCGUGAUCUCGGUCUGACCAUUAGUCUGAGGAUGGUAAGACGAGGAGAAGCGGAGCCGAGUGCCGUACACCUCGUGGAGCCAUCACCAGAAUUGGCUGGUAAAGCGCGGGUCACGGUCAGAUAUGAUGCUCAGAGGUAAGCCGUGGUCACACACGACUCGGUCAAAUACGAUGUCGGCGACCUCACGUGCACUGAUGGCAUAGCGGCACGGAACAAAGCGUGCACGCUUCG